GCAUGGGCAGCAUCCAGGAGAAAAUCACGGUCUGUGCCUUUGAGAGCACCUACCCAGUGCUGCAGGAGCGUGUGUCCCAGCCCAAGGAGUCCCGGAGCCGAGCAGCUGUUGAGCUCCAACUGGGCAAAGGCAUCGCAGCUCUGAAGAAGGCAGGCGAGAACCACCUGCUGGGGAAGGGCUCUGUUUGCUGUGCCCCAGGGAGCAAGCAGCACAGGCCCACAACAAGCAGCCCUAGGGCUUCCGUUCAAAGCUUGGUUCAGCUCCUGGCCCUGCGGCCCCACUACAAGCACGAGCUCAUGCAGCGGCUACAGGGGAUGCAGGUGGACAGGCUGGACUGGGGACGGCUGCUGGCCACCCUGGAGGAGGUUGCGGAGCUGGAUCCCACCGAGUGCUGCUACCGCCUAAAGGAGGGACUGGCAAGCUGGGUGCGGGAGGACUGGCCCGGGUACACAGCCCAGGAGCGGAAACAGGUUGCCCUGCUGCAGCACAGGAACCGGCCCCCCAGACCCUCAGCCCGAUCCUUCUUGGUGCCUCUGCAGCAGCCUCCAGAUGGCUGCUCCCCUCAGGGUGCCAGGAGAAACCUUCUGGGGGUGAAACGCCUAGCACUGUUGAAUUUCUCAGAUCCAAGAGGCAGCAAGAGGUCCCGGGCCCUGGAGUCUGCCCCUGGCUUGCAAGGGUGGCACAGGAGCCACCCACAGGUGACCAGCAUGGAGCAGCUGGGAGCACAGGGCCAGCAGCAAGCUGGGCCUCUGCCCCUGGGCAGCCAGGCUGGGGAGAAGCAAAGCUCAGAGAGGGAGGCAAGCACAGAGGAGGCAGAUGAUGACUGGGAGGAAGGAGACCUGAACCUGGAGCAGCACCUCCCUGCACCUAGAGAUGCCAGGUCACAGGCUAGCAGCUCAUCCUCAGCAGAGAUCCCAGAUUACUUGCGAAAAUAUCGUACCAUCUGCUCAGUGGAACAGCGCAGAGCCUACGAGGCAGCAUUUAGUGCAGACUACACUGAGUACCGCUACCUGCAUGCUCGUAUUGGUAACGUGAGUCAGAAAUUCAUUCAACUGGGAGCCAAAAUGAAGACUCUGAAACAAGGAACAGAGGAACGCAAGGCACUUGAAGCUACAAUUUUGCAUGAAUACAGCCACUUCAAGAAGACUUAUCCCAGCUACCAGCAGGAGAAACAUCGCUGUGAAUACCUCCACCAGAAGCUGUCUCACAUUAAAAACCUGAUCCUACAAUUUGAAGAAAGCAGGCGCUCCUAAGCGAGCUGCUGCAGUAGUUCGCCCCACCACUUCUUAAGACCCAUGCCCCCCUGGAGUGUAGAAGAGGAAGAAGUGCACGAGAGAGAAAGUGCAUUAGGUUAAGAGUCACAAUAUUGUCAGUGCUUCCCUUAGCGCCCAUUAGCCUGCGCAUGUGGCUACUGCACAGGACAGCUGCCUGGUUGCUGUUAGAAGCAUGUUGUUUCAACUGCAUGGUGCCCCAGGUGACCUGUUGCAAACUGGUUUACUGCUCCCUGCAGGGGAGCCUUGGCUGCCCAGCCAUACUGAAUGG